AUGGCAGCCGAGAAUGACUUGGCUUCAAGCCCCGAGGCUGGCGCUCGCGGUCGCCUGUCAUCUCCCCAAGACAACCCUCGACGGGGUAGUGAAUUAUCCUCCCAAACCCCAAGUAGCACAUAUCCUCCCUUACAAAGCAAGGAAACCGCCGGCCACAAACGCAAAAGGUCGCAAUCCGAGGAGCAGGAAAGAUAUGGUGAACAACAUUCGUACGAAUACAGUCCCUCGCAGCGGCCUGGACCUCAGCACUUGGCAAAUAGGGCACUACAUGUUUUGGUUUCUGCUGAUCAAAACGGCGGAGGCUACUAUCAGAACGGCAGCGCAGGCAACCAGACCGCUCAGACAUGGUCGUCAAGUCCCUCAAACCCUAACCGACCUACCACCGCAGAGACUCGGCUGGCUGAAGCUCUGCAGCAGGAAACAAAUGGACAAGAAGCCCAGCGAGGGUCGUGGGAUACUGAACACAGCACCAAUGGCGAGACCAACACGGGUGGUCCAAAGCGAAAACGUAACUUCAGCAACAGGACAAAGACUGGCUGCUUGACAUGCAGGGCGAGGAAGAAAAAAUGCGACGAGCAACAUCCAACGUGUGCGAACUGCAUCCGAGGAGGCUUCGAAUGUAAAGGCUACACACGCACCACGCGUCGCAAUAUGUGGCCAGCCAACGGCGGGUCAGUGAGGCCGGUGAUGCCUUUACAGUCCAAGGAUGCGCAGAGUGAUGUACCGACCACCCCAGUUCGUACCAAUGUAGACUCCCCGACCAGCAGCCGGGCUUCUGGGCCGUACGAUGCCGGUCAUAUACGGCCAGGCCAAGUUGAUGACCCCAACGGCCAGCGCCAACAACAAUACACAACUAGUCCUUCAAGUUCUCACAAGGAAACGCGAAUCCACCCACCCUACCUUUCACAACAACAAUGGACACAAGGGCCACCGCCCCAGGCACAACCACAGAUACAACAGACACAACAAAUCCAACAAAUCCAACCGGCACAACAACAGUCACAGCCGGCCCAAACACAACCGCUUUAUACAUCUGAUCACCUCCCUCCCCUCUCCGAGGUCAAUCGUUCUGAACACCAUUCGAACGCCCCGAGCAGAGAUAUGUCCCGACCAUCUACUCAGGUUCCAAUACAUUCCCAACACCCUCCGCAUCCCCCGCCACCCCUUUCGCAACCUCAACCGCAAAUGUCCCCCCAGCAUCCGACCAUACAAGCAAGCCCAGCCAGCCUUUCUCGUCCCCCUCCUCUUCCUCUUCCUCCUCCUCCUCCUCCUCCUGCUGCUGCUGCUGCACCUGCCCAGCAACAGACCCCUCACUGGCCUUCACAACCGCCAUCUGAUUACCGUUCGCCUUAUGGCAACCUGCCCGGAGAAAGUCAUGACCGUGGACAUGUUCGAUUGCCGUCGUCCGGCUUGGAAAAUCCAAAGUCCGGAUCCAAGACAUUCACGAAGGAGGAUGUUGAACGUUCCAAGAUGCUGAGACACACGAGUUACAAUCACCAUGAUCCAACCUUGGUCAAUGAACGUCAACGUUGCAAGCAAGCUUUGGCCCGAUACAACCAGGCCUGCGCUCUAGACCAUGACGCCAGCGAGGAAGAAAUCCGCAACAAACUACUAAAAGUGGUUGACCCCAGCAAAGAUACGACCCACAAGUUCAUCUCGCAUCCGCCCGAGAAAGGCACGAUCGGUCACGGUUCUCGGAUCGAGGCGCCUUUCAAAUGCACGUACGGAUACAACAUCAAAAUCAUGGAGGAUGUUUUCAUUGGAGAGAAUUGUGAAAUAGACGAUUGCGGCAAAGUGGACAUUGGGCCACGGACUUUCAUUGGGUCAGGAGUCACCAUCUUCACUCAGAGCGUCGGCAAAGACCUCGUGGAUCGCAAAGGCACCGGAGCACCCUGGAUUGCACAGCAGGUCUCCAUUGCCUCUGAGGUUAUUAUAGGGAAGGGCGCUGUUGUCUACCCCGGCGUGACCAUUGGAAGAGGCGCCACCGUAGAGCCAUUCGCCAUAGUGCGUGAUUCUCUGGGAGAGUUCCAGACACAGUGCGCUGCCACUGGUCGGCGACUAUAG